AUGAUGUUCAAGACUUCGACCAUCGUCGCCAUUGCAAUGGCUCUGGCCUCAGUUGCCCAGGCCGCUGCCGUCCCCGCCUCUCCCGAAAAAAAUCUGGAUAUCCGUGUGCCCAAGAAGUCCUGUCCUGUUGGCCAGUAUAUUGCCUGCGGUUGGUAUCUUCUGAGCCCUGACAGCGGCCCCUGCGCCAAGGUUGAAGAUCUUUUCCCUCUGGGCGGCUCCAGCCCCUGGGACUCCCUGUACUUCCUAAACCCCGCGACUGGCAAGCCGGUCGGACUCCUCCAGCAGUGCAAGACUGGCCACUGCAACCAGUUUGGUGUUGGCGGAACGGAAGGAACAUACUGCCGGUUUUUCUAG